CUCGGUGAAGCGGUACGAGGGGCUAUUUAACAGGCGCUGACUCUGAGGAUCAUCCUAGUCAGUCAUGGGUCUUCCUGGGAUUCGGGUGUGGACAUGGACACUGUGUGUUCUCUUGAGCUGGAUGUGUGUCGGCCGAGUGCUGGCAGGACCGCAGUACAUGGUAGCCAUCCCCUCUCUUCUUGAAGCUGGAGCUGAAACCAAAUUCUGCGUGAGUCUCCUGCAGCCUAACGAGACUCUGGACAUGACCAUCACUCUGUCGUCCGAAGAACAGAACACCACCACCCUUCUGAAAAAAACAACCUCUGAAGAGUUCCAUGAAUGCCUUCAGUUUCAGGUUCCUAUAGUGCAGAAUGAAAAGGUGUACACGUUCGAGGUGGAGGUGAAAGGUGACACAUUUUCCUCAAAAGAAGUCAGAAAAGUCAUGGCCAGAGUCUAUCAACCACUGACAUUCAUCCAAACAGAUAAACCAAUCUACCUCCCUGGACAAACAGUGCAUUUCAGAGUCGUCACACUUGACACCAAGUUGAGACCUGCAGAUCGGCUGUACAACAUAAUCGAACUUGAGGAUGCUGACGAUAACCGGGUUGCACAGUGGCUGAACCAGACAUCGGAUGGCAGCAUAUUGCAGCUGUCCUACUCCUUGAACUCUGAGGCCCGCGAAGGAACAUACCAAGUCAUCGUGACCGUUGGCGAGAUGAAAAUAUAUCACAAUUUCCAGGUGGAGAAAUAUGUUUUGCCCAAAUUCGACGUAAAAAUAACUACACUGGAUGUAGUAAGUAUCCAGCAGGAGGAAAUCGAAGCAGAAAUAUGUGCAAAGUACACGUAUGGACAUCCCGUGCCGGGCAGCGCUAAAGUUAAGAUGUGCCGACCCCUGAGUCGCUAUUAUGCCUCCCCCAUCAUCUUUACCCCUCUGAAUCCAGACGGCAUUCCCGACAUAGUAGCCCCAUGCUACGAGGAGACAAAAAAGACGGACAAGAGAGGCUGCGCCACUUUCAGCAUCAUGAUGUCAAAUUUCACAAAACUCGACCAGAAGAUACUGCAAGAUUACCUGGACCUGAGUGCCGAAGUGGAAGAGGAAGGGACAGGUAUUUCACACCCGCAAGGGAAGAGACAGCAGAUUUCCUACAUGAUCGGAAAGCUGUCGUUCUUUGACACACCCAAGAUUUAUGACAGCGGAUCAAAUGUGGAGGGAAAAGUGAAGGCGGUCCACUUCAACGACACACCCAUUCGGGACAUGCCCGUCUACCUGUUCGAGGGGGAAAGGUGGUCGUCACGGCGGCUGCGGAAUCUCACCACCGACAGCGACGGCGUCGCCGCGUUCUCAUUUAACACGAUCAACAUCACGGGGGACAUCAACAUAUUCGUAAGCACUACACCAGAACUGGGCUACUCCGGUUACAGGACUCCGUAUCACGAGACCGGCCAUCAUACAGUGUUCAUGGCCCAACUUUCUUCUCCUGACACCAAACCAGUCAGCGCUCUGGAGGUGCAGAAGAAGGAUAAGCCACUGGCCUGUGACACGGAAGUGGAGAUCUCCAUCAAAUACACAGUAGUUGGAGAGAAACAGGGCUCUGCGACCCUCAUGUACCUGGUCUUGUCCAGAGGAGCCAUUGUCAUGCAAGGAUUUGAGCUGGUUGAAGUUCAAGAUGAAACAGUGAUGGAAGGCAAGGUGUCCUUUAAGUUGAACGUGCAACCGGAAAUAGCACCAGGCGUCCAGGUCGUGGCUUACGCCGUCCUCCCCAGUGAGAAUGUGAUCGCCCACAAAGUGGACUUCUCUGUGGAGAAAUGCUUCAGUCACAAGGUGUCGCUGGAGUUUUCCCCAUCCUCACCCGUCCCGGGAGAUGAGACCACCAUGCAGCUCAAGGCCCAGCCAGGCUCUCUGUGUGGCGUGAGCGCUGUUGACCAGAGCGUACUCAUCAAGAGUCCAGGGAAGUCUCUGAAUGCAAACCAGAUAUACGACUUGUUGCCCGUCACCAAGGUGUCUUAUAUCCCAUAUGAGGUUUCUGAUCCAGUGGAAUGCUUGCACGUGAGACCAAGAAGAUAUAUUUUGCCACACACAAGUGAGAGAGAGGAUGCUCAUUCCGUUUUCCAGAGCGUUGGACUGAAGAUGGCAACAAACCUGUUUAUCCGAUUGCCUUCAUGCCUCAAGUUCAAAGGAAGAGAAUACCAAUAUAGCCACUAUGUUAUUGGUCUUAGAUACGACAGUGCUCCUGAAGUAGCCAGAAUGGAAACACGAGUAGUGGCAAUGUCAGGUUCAGCUGGUCCUGCUGGGGGAGGUCUUGCAUCCAAUUCUGAGGCUGCGCCAAUAGAGACAGUCCGUACUUUCUUCCCCGAGACUUGGAUAUGGGACCUGGUGGCAGUUGGAGCGUCUGGAACAAAGGAUGUGUCCCUCACUGUCCCAGACACCAUCACCACCUGGGAGACGGAGGCUUUCUGUUUGUCCCCGCAGGGUUUUGGCUUGGCUCCUCGCAAAGAAAUCACCGUAUUCCAGCCCUUCUUCCUCGAGCUCACGCUGCCCUACUCCAUCAUCCGGGGGGAGCACUUUGAACUGAAGGCAACUACCUUCAACUACAUGUCCAGCUGCAUCAUGGUCACUGUGACUCCGGAACCCUCCUCAGAUUACACCCUCACCCCCCUCUCUGGUGACCUGUACACAUCCUGUUUGUGUGGCAGCGAGCGACAGACCCUCAGUUGGACCAUGGCCCCUUCGGCCUUAGGGGUUAUGAAUGUGUCUGUGACUGCUGAGGCGGUGGCAUCCCACGCUUCGUGUGACAAUGAGAUCGUGAGCGUGCCGGACAGAGGCCGCAUCGACAAGGUCACACGUUCCCUGAUAGUAAAGGCUGAAGGAACCGAGAUGACAAAGACCCACAACCUGCUGCUCUGCCCGAAAGGAGAGGCUUUGACAGAGGAAGUAGAGCUGCAGCUCCCUAAGAAUGUGAUCAAUGGAUCGGCCCGUGCCUCUGUAUCAGUCCUGGGUGACAUCCUGGGCCGAGCCCUGAAAAACCUGGAUGGGCUGCUGAAGAUGCCGUAUGGAUGUGGGGAGCAGAACAUGGCGCUCCUGGCCCCAAACAUCUACAUCCUCCAGUACCUGAAAAACACGCAGCAGCUGACCCCGGCCAUCGUCCAGAAGGCUACCAACUUCCUGACCAGUGGCUACCAGAGACAGCUGAACUACAAAGACAGAGAAGGUGCCUACAGCACAUUUGGAUCAGGAGCGGGGAACACUUGGCUGACUGCCUUUGUGUUGAGAUCUUUCACCAAAGCACAGUCUUUCAUCUACAUUGACCCGACGAAAAUCGAAGAGUCUAAGCAUUGGCUGGAUCGUGAGCAACGCGAAAAUGGCUGUUUCAAAAAGUCGGGCCGACUUUUUAACAACAGAAUGAAGGGUGGUGUGUCGGAUGAAGUGACCCUCAGUGCUUACAUCACCGCUGCCUUCUUGGAAGUGAAUGCGUCCGUUGACGAUCCUGUGGUGAAGAAGAGCCUGUCCUGUCUCAGGGAGUCCACCGGCAACCUCAGCAACACCUACACUACAGCUCUGCUGGCCUACGUCUUCACCCUGGCAGGAGACAUGGAGACCCGCGCUCACCUUCUGCAGCACCUCGACACCGUUGGGCAAAUACAAGGGGGUUUCCUCCACUGGUCUCAGACGGCAGAAGACACGUCGGCCUCUCUGUCCGUGGAGAUCAGCUCCUAUGUGAUGCUGGCCAAACUCAGUGCCUCCCCCACAACUUCCGACCUGGGCUACGCCUCUCGCAUCGUCAGAUGGCUGACCACCCAGCAGAACUACUACGGAGGCUUCUCGUCCACACAGGACACAGUGGUGGCCCUCCAGGCUCUGGCCCUCUACUCCACUCUGGUGUUCAGCCCGGCGGGGUCGAGCGCCGUGACCGUCAAGUCGCCCAGCGGCACGCUGAAUUUCGAAGUGAACCAGAGCAACAAACUGCUCUACCAGGAGGAGACGCUGCAGGACGUGACGGGAACGUACGGCGUGGAGGUGAAGGGCACCACCUGCGCUUCGAUGCAGUUUUCUGUCCAAUACAACAUCCCGACCCCCGUCGACGUCACGACCUUCAGUGUUCAGGUCAGGCCGGAGGCCAGCUGCAACAGCAAUUCUCACAGACUCACCCUCGCGCUGACGUCUCAAUAUCUUGGAAAAGAGGAGAUCACAAACAUGGUGAUCCUGGACAUCAAAAUGCUUUCCGGUUUUGUGCCGGACCCGGAGUCUUUGAAGAAGCUCCGAGGUGCCCUGCUGGUGGACCGCGUUGAAGAAAAGGAAGAUCGUGUUCUGGUGUACAUUCGGGAGUUACCGACGGGCAUACCCAUCCACCACAGCUUGGUUCUGAUACAGGAGCACCUAGUGCAGAACAUGAAGCCAGCCGUGGUCAAGAUCUAUGAUUACUACCAGCCAAGUGACCAGACAGAGACAGAUUACACCUACCCUUGUGCUGCAGCCUGAAGAGAGAAGAGUGGUCAGUCCUCGGGUCGUCACUGUGACCAGUAUAUUUAAAAAGACACCUGCAUUUUAUUAAAGAUACAUUUUUGUUUUCCAUGUGGAGCCACAUGUCUGGUUGUGCACACGCACAAACGAGCAGUUAACACUUUGCGUAACAAACCGUCUAACUACUUUUGUAUUUGUCCAUGGUGAAAGUCGUGCAUAAUGGAGAAUGAAAUAAAGUGAUUUGAAUGUCCCACUAAAAAA